AUGAUGAGAGUUCAAACCUUAAGAGAAAAAUGGGCUUAUUGGAGACGGAGGCAAUUGUCUUUAAAACAAGCCGAUUUCAAGGAUAUGUUCAAAAAAUCAACUCCAGGAUCUCUAGUGGAAGAGGAAGACCAACACAUGAAAUUGUCCCUUGGAAGCAGCGAAAUGGGUCUCUCAUCCCAUCUGCAGUCUUCCAAGGCAGGAACCACACGCAUCUUUACCAGCAAUACCCACAGUUCUGUGGUGUUACAGGGCUUUGACCAGCUUCGACUUGAAGGAUUGCUUUGUGAUGUGACUUUGAUGCCAGGCGACACCGAUGACGCCUUCCCUGUGCAUAGAGUCAUGAUGGCCUCUGCUAGUGAUUACUUCAAGGCCAUGUUCACAGGUGGAAUGAAAGAACAAGAUUUAAUGUGCAUUAAGCUUCAUGGUGUGAGCAAAGUCGGCUUAAGGAAAAUUAUUGAUUUCAUUUAUACCGCAAAGCUUUCUCUUAACAUGGACAACCUUCAAGACACACUGGAAGCUGCCAGUUUUCUUCAGAUUCUGCCGGUUUUGGACUUCUGCAAAGUAUUUCUCAUAUCUGGGGUCACUUUAGACAAUUGUGUCGAAGUUGGUCGGAUUGCCAACACCUACAAUCUGACAGAAGUGGAUAAAUACGUCAACAGUUUUGUCCUGAAGAAUUUUCCUGCAUUGCUGAGCACUGGGGAGUUCUUGAAACUCCCUUUUGAGCGUCUUGCCUUUGUGCUUUCCAGCAAUAGCCUUAAGCACUGCACUGAACUUGAGCUCUUUAAGGCUACCUGUCGCUGGCUACGCCUAGAAGAGCCUCGGAUGGACUUUGCUGCAAAAUUAAUGAAGAACAUACGAUUUCCACUGAUGACCCCACAGGAGCUCAUUAAUUAUGUGCAAACCGUGGAUUUCAUGAGAACUGACAAUACCUGUGUGAAUCUGCUUUUGGAAGCCAGCAAUUACCAAAUGAUGCCGUACAUGCAGCCAGUGAUGCAGUCAGACAGGACUGCCAUUCGGUCUGACACCACUCAUUUGGUCACGCUUGGAGGAGUGCUGAGGCAGCAGCUGGUUGUCAGCAAGGAAUUGCGCAUGUAUGAUGAAAAGGCCCAUGAAUGGAAAUCGUUAGCCCCCAUGGAUGCCCCAAGGUACCAGCAUGGCAUCGCUGUCAUUGGAAAUUUCCUCUAUGUCGUCGGUGGACAGAGUAAUUAUGACACAAAAGGAAAAACGGCGGUCGAUACAGUCUUCAGAUUUGAUCCUCGCUACAAUAAAUGGAUGCAGGUUGCGUCUUUAAAUGAAAAGCGCACCUUCUUCCACCUAAGUGCCCUCAAAGGAUAUCUGUAUGCUGUCGGUGGGCGAAAUGCAGCUGGUGAACUGCCCACAGUGGAGUGUUAUAAUCCAAGAACAAAUGAGUGGACCUACGUUGCCAAAAUGAGUGAACCCCACUAUGGCCAUGCCGGGACUGUGUAUGGAGGAGUCAUGUAUAUUUCAGGAGGAAUCACUCAUGACACUUUCCAAAAGGAGCUCAUGUGCUUUGACCCUGACACUGACAAGUGGAUCCAGAAGGCGCCAAUGACCACCGUCAGAGGUCUGCACUGCAUGUGUACGGUGGGCGAGAGGCUCUAUGUCAUCGGUGGUAACCACUUCCGAGGCACGAGUGAUUAUGAUGAUGUCCUAAGCUGUGAAUACUACUCACCUAUCCUUGACCAGUGGACCCCAAUUGCUGCCAUGCUAAGGGGGCAGAGUGAUGUUGGGGUUGCGGUCUUUGAAAAUAAGAUCUACGUGGUCGGUGGGUAUUCCUGGAAUAAUCGCUGUAUGGUGGAGAUAGUGCAGAAAUAUGACCCCGAUAAAGAUGAGUGGCAUAAGGUGUUUGAUCUCCCAGAGUCCCUCGGUGGCAUCCGAGCUUGUACACUCACGGUUUUCCCGCCCGAAGAAACCACACCAUCACCUUCUAGAGAGUCCCCCCUUUCUGCACCUUAGGAUCAUCCCCCUACAACUAAGAUGCUGUAGUCCUAUCUUUGCAACGUGUCAAGAAUUCUCUUCUUUUGCGCCCCCUUUAGUAGUGUAUGUUAGGAUUAGCCUCCAGUCAUUGAUACAGAUAUUGGAAAAAAAGACAACAUUGAUGUUAUUUGUGCUGUUUGUUUGGCUUAGAGUGUUUAUAAAGUGGUAACAAAACCAUUCUGGAAAUGUAUCCCAUUGAAGCUGAUGUUUAACAUACAAAAAACAAAA